UCGUUUAGGUCUAAGCUACACACAGCUGCUCUCAACGGAAGCUGCGUGAUUGACAGCUACUAUUCACCUAGCUUUGCGAUAUUGGUUCCUGCUGUCUUCAUCCGAACCAGCAGCAACUACGCAGUACUGCGCCUUAACCUCCACGCCAGGUUAUGCCAAGGAGGGUGGUGUUCCACCGGUAAAUUUACCCCCAAAUACCUGUGAUGUGGUUCCACAUGUGAAAGUGACAAAGAACAAAGCUAAGGAACCAUAGUUAGUGCGAUAAGGUGUGGUUUCACCAAGUUGAAGGGACUCUUCUAAGCAAGCCGGGACCGGCUCACCUGCGCUUGUCACGGGGCAGCUUCUCCCCAGCACCCACCCGAUGUGGACGCUCUCCGUGGCACAGCUGUGAUGGGAUUCCAAACCUUCGCCGCCAGUGGACAAAUACUGACAGUGCAGUCCUCGGAAUGGGGCUCCGGGCCAGCUGAGGUCUGAAAACACUCGGCUCCGUGAUGGAUCCAAAUGGAUUAACUGUGUUGUUUAGGGUGAAGUACAAACUCUUUAUUUUUUACAUCCUCAACAGAAAUUGCUUUAAAAAAUAUGGUUGAGCCCUCAUUUAUCUUGAAUGAUUCUUACUCACUGCAGAUAAACUCUCCAGCCCUCUUGCUGGCACAUGGUGAGUUCAAGGCCCUGAUCUAGUACGACAACGGAAUUUCACAUCAGCCCUGAGCCUGGAAAGAUGGUGUCACAGUCCUCGGACCAGCAGGGUUUUCCUGUGGAGCCCUGGGAAGGGGUGAGUGAUGACUCUGGUGACACUGAUGGUUCACCCCACCUCCUGGACUCUAACUACCCCUCUUGCCCAUCAGACGUCAGAUUCACGAGGCACAGAGCUGCCUGGAUUAACCCCCAGGAUAUGCAGCCUCAGCUGCAGGACUUGCCGCUUCAGGUGCCAACAGUGGGGAACAUUGGCAGCAACUUUGUGGGGGAUGCUACCUCUCCCUUGGGCACUUCACCAUUGUCUCUCGAGAACUCCAUAGUGGAGACAUCAUUGUGGAAGGACACUGUGGACUCCAUGGGCAGCUCAGGUAAAAAGAGCAGUGACUUUUCUUUUAACCCCACACAAGAGUGGGCAGUACCCCCAGGACCCUCUCCUUGGAUGUCUCCGUUCACAAGCUCCAAGAUUUUGACUGCUUCCCUAUGUUCUGAAGCUGACAGUGCUUGUUUCAAGCCUUCUCAACUGACAGCUUCCACGGAUGAAGGUGCUGUUCAAAUCAAUAGAAGAAGCAUUUCAUUAAAUUCCUUCUCAGCAGAAGCAUUUGUGCAUCCAGUUGAUGUAGAAAAGGAAAAUGCCCACUUUUAUGCUGCAGAUAUGAUUAUAUCAGCAAUGGAGAAAAUGAAGUGUAACAUCCUGAGUCAACAGCACACAGAGAACUGGAGUAUAGAAGAAGCCAGUGGGUCACUUGGGAAUGAUCAAAGUGACUCUGAAGUGACCUUUUAUACCAAUAUAAAGCAAGAAUCCGGGUCUUCCACUUUUUCAAACAGUGGCUAUGAAGGUUGUGCUGUGUUACAGGUCAGCCCAGUUGUUAAAACACCUACUUACUGUGAUGUGGUGAAAGAGGCCUGCAAAUGUGACUUUGAUAAGUUUGUUAUUGUAGAACUUGGGAAGUUCAGCAAUACCACAGAAACCUGUGGAUGUUCCUGCAGCUCCUCUAAGAGUGUUAUUUAUGAGCGAAACUUCAAUUCAGCUGAGCUAAUAGCCAAAGAAUUGUACCAAGUAUUCCGUAAGUGCUGGAUGUUGUCAGAAGUUAAUUAUCAGCUGGCAGUUUCCCUCAAUGCAUCUGACUCCAUAGUUGUAAAUGAAGAGCGUGUCGGAAAAGACUUUGAAUCCAGUGUGGAUUUAGGAGAGGAAAUUAAAUUUAACUCAAGGAUCAGAGGGACAGAAGACUGGGCACCCCCUAGAUUUCAAGUCAUAGUUAAUGUUCAUCCACCACAUAAGAGGGAUCUCGUGGUAGCAGCCCAGAAUUUUUUCUGUGCUGGCUGUGGAACUCCAAUAGAACCUAAGUUCAUGAAGCGGCUCCGGUACUGCGAAUACCUGGGCAAGUAUUUCUGCGACUGCUGCCACUCCUAUGCGGAGUCCUGCAUCCCUGCGCGGAUCCUGACCAUGUGGGACUUCAGGAAGUACUACGUUAGCAAUUUCUCCAAAUGGCUGCUGGAUAGCAUAUGGCACCAGCCCAUUUUCAAUUUGCUGAACAUCAGCCUCAGCCGGUAUGCGAAGGCCAAGGAGCUGGACAGAGUGAAGGAAAUCCAGGAGCAGCUAUUUCAUAUCAAGAAGCUAUUAAAGACCUGCAGAUUUGCUGAAAGUGCAUUGAAAGAGUUUGAGCAGGUGCCCAGACAUUUGACCGAUGAGCUCUACCUGUUCUCCCUGGAGGACCUGGUCAGGGUCAAGAAAGGGCUGCUGGCACCCUCGCUCAAGGACAUUCUGAACGCUUCCCUUGCCCACGUGGCCAGCUGUGAGCUGUGUCAAGGAAAGGGCUUCAUUUGUGAAUUUUGCCGGAGUACAGCUGUCAUCUUCCCAUUUCAGAUCACAACGUGUAGAAGAUGUUCAGAGUGCAGAGCUUGCUUUCACAAGCAGUGCUUCCAGUCCUCUGAGUGCCCCCGGUGUGCAAGGAUCACAGCUAGGAGAAGAAUUUUGAAAAGUUUGCCCUCUGCAGCGACAUGAUGCCCGAGUACUGUGAAAAAGACUGUUUAACACACCUUAUCACAACACCAAUUUGUAUCUAUUAUUGAUAACAUUAUUUUAGAUAUUGAGUAUUAUAUAUUAAGAAGAAAAAUGGUCACUAUUCUCUUUAUUAUAUCUUUAGUAUUUUAAAACAAUGCAGAUUUGUUGUCAUUAAGUGAAGGGUUGUUACUGGCAGUUUUGUUUACAAGUAAAUACUGCUACUGUUUAUUCUAAGAGGUUUUUUUAUACUAAUAAUGCAUUUGAAUAGUUGUAUUUUACUAAUUUUGGAGUUUAUUUUUUUAUGAAUUUUAACUGACAGGAUGAAUUACUCCAUUCUUCCUGCAAAGCUGUUUGUGAAAUGGAUUGGUACUUUCACUGAUUAAAAAUACAACCAAAAA